AUGUCUGUCGAGAGCUCUGUUUUGGACACCAAUUCGACCGCAAAUUUUCCAAGUCUUUGCAACGAAUCACAGUAAGUUUAAAAGACUUUGCUUUGAUGCUGCGUUGCCCAAAGUUUAGUACAGGACUAAAAAUGCAUGUAAUAAUAGUGUUCAAUGGCUGACUCAAGUUGUAAAACAAAGCAAAGGAGUCCAGGCUGACCAUUGAGCCGGAAAUAAAUUUCAUGACCAAAUACAAUAAUUCGAUGAAAUACAUUAUUAAAAAAAGAUGUCAGAGCCCAAAAUGCCAUUUAAUUCUUAUAUUUCAUCGUCUGUCAGGCCUUCAGCAGCUUCAUUUCGAAAAGAUCAUCUAGUAUUGGAAGUUGGUUGAUUACUGAACUAGAUGCUCUGAUAGCGGAGCUGUGACCUUCGCAAUGCCGGUCGCUGUUAUCUAUUGAUUUCCCGCCGUCAUAUGACUGCCUGUGAAUGUAAAAAGGAGGGCGACUGCCUGAUACCGUUCUCAAUCGCAUUCGACGGGAUCUCGGCCAUUCAGUCUAGUGAAAGCGUGAUGAAAUCACGUUUGAGAUUCUGUUAGGUGAUAACUGCAAACGAACUUAUAACUGUUAUGUUGCCCUUAAAUAUUGGAACUCCUGAUAAACAAAGGCACUUAAAUGCUGAUAAAUAAUGACAAAAUGGUUGAUUAGGAUUUUACUUAAUUUCUAAACUGGGCAUUUUAACAGAGACACAUCCGAAAAAAAACAUUUAGACAAAAUAAUCGUUGCAACUACGCCCUCCCUCAAAAAAGCACAACAAUGUUGGUCUAGUGAAGGUUAGAAAUUAUACUAACUCAUUGUAGUUUCUGCAAGAUCACCUUAAACAUAUUCCCAAAAAUUUACUUAAAAUAAACUUUCAUUUUAUUCCGUUCUGUCCUACUGUAGGACUCUGGUAUGCAGCCUUUCAAUGGUUAUGAAAUCCCAAUCCAUGAACACUACGAAAAUAUUUUUUAUGCCGAAUACAAUCAGGGACUUUUUUAAAAACCUUAAAAAACCAAAGUGACAUUAACUUUAAUCGCUGACAAAAGCUCAUCAGAUUUUGGCAAAUGUUGUCUCGUUCGAUUAAUAUCUUAAACUGGACACCAUAUCCUAAACUACUAAACGCAAACCAAUCAUUUUAAUUAUUUUUCAAAUAUUAAAAAUAUUGCUGAGCUCCUUCACAAUGAUCCUCUUCUGCUUCAUUCGCGAGCAAGCUUCAGAUUUUGCCAAGAAAUCGACGGAUGGCGCAUGCAUGACAUGAAACACCGUCUAUUCCCUUUCUUUCUUUAUGCGACAUACCUAGACGUCUUUAAACUAUGAUUCAGAGCAAGACAACGAAAGAAAAAUGGGUCUCCUGAGAGAAAUCCUUGUGCGAAUCCCAGAUGGGGCAGAUUUGUCCGUUUUGCGCGCAAGAAAAGUGGGGCAGAAAUUGUCAUUGUCAUCUCUGUCUCUAUCGUCGCAUAGUCGGACGCCUAAUUUUUGAUCGAAAGACCAGUGAUUUUGGCCAUGCACUAGUAGUUUGAUGAACUUGACUCUGUAUUAUUUGGAUCAACUGAUCGAUAUGGAUAGUCUUUUAAUUGUGCACGUAGAGGUGCCGUUAAAACAGAAUUAUACAAAUAAUCAAUGCCUUUUUCUGAUAAACGUUUUUAAGUGGAAUUGUACUGCAUUGAAAUAAGGACCAUCUAUUUGAACUUGAAUUUAUUUGACACCUUAAUAAAACUCCUCAUAUCGGGAAGACUGCUGUGGGGAGUAGACUCAAAGUUGCCUUAUUUUCAAAUGAAUUAAUUGUACAAUCCAAAAAUAUUUUGCACUUUUAUGCGUUAAGUCAGAUAGAUAGAGCAAUCCUACUAAAGCACUCUUAACGGGCAAAAUAAUUUAGACCUAGUGAGUUCCAGAACAAAGGAUCCCUUUUGUUCAUUGUUUUAAACUGGUGUACAUCUAAUUGUAUAAAGAAUAUGUUAGUAGGGAGAAAAUAACCUGCAGAUAUGACAAAGAUCCCCCGAGGUCGGUCGUUCUGUUGAUUUUUAGAGGCACGCGACUCCAGAAACAUAUGGACAACAUUUUAUUAGGUCGAGUUCGGCAAACGUACGAUCCCAAUCCUUGUUUAUCGGGUCUGUACGGUAAUAUAAGAGAAGGUAGAGUAGCAAAUGUUAAACAGCAAGACUUAUGAAGGCAAAAGCAGUGACCGUACACUUAGCUACCUUAAUCUAUUGCUCACACGAAACGUUUGUACGGACCCUAAGGCUCCUCUGGCCACAGAUGAAACCAGCAUACAUGUUCACACCUCGUGCUACUUUGUGUUUCAGGGACGCCAGACGUCUUCUCCCUCGCCCUCCCUAAGUCUCUGACAGAACUAGACUAUAACCCCUGACCGGUGAACGCUCUCAGCCUUCUCCUCCAUACUUACUGAUUGUGUCAACGUUUGCUACAAUACCCUCCUUUAUAUCAUUCUACAGCUCUGAUGAUCGAAAAUCGAGGCCGAACGUUUGCCGAACUUGGCAUUUUAAAUGUUUACAUGGGUAUCGUCGCUGAACAAAUAUUUUAUGUUGAGCGCGUUUGAAGGUUUAAAAUAGCAGAUUGUAACCAACUAUAAACAAAGCUUUGCAGUGGGAAGAAAACCAGGAGCAAGUUACUGAAAUAUGGUUUCGAUCGUUUACUUUUAGAUUGAAUACGUUUUCGAUUGAUUAUGGUAAGUUUCGAUUUACUUUGUACACUCAAGACUUCAACAAUUUUUAGAACAACGUUUUGCAUACUAUAGAGCAUGAAUGUUUAGCGUUGCACAAGGAAAUGUUUCUUAUUAUUUGCCUUAACGAUGUGUUUCAAUUUAAGAGUGCCCAUCAACAUCGCUGGAGGCUUCCUUUGCAUCGUUGAAUAGAAAAACACAUUCUCCGGGGGCAGAAGUACAAUCAGACUCCCAGACCGAGGGCGGCCGCCGUCAGGUUUCCGUGUUUAUUACUUUUACCUGGACACCUGACAGUCUGCAUUGUCUAAUUACUGCCACUAAGUCUUAUUGCAACAAAGUGCGAAAGUUUGGUAGCUGUGCAGAUAGACAACGGUGAUUAUGAGCGGAAUAAAGUUACCAGCCACCAAAAUGUGCAUAGGGUGAGCUAUCAUAUGCGUUUUAUUCCGCACCAGUGUGCCCACGUCUUAACUUGUGAGUCAAUACAUUUAACAGGCUCUUCGAAACAAUUUAAGAAGCCUGCGUCUGAACAUUAAAAAGAGGAAAUUGGCAAACCAGAAAGCAACCUUUUGGGAAUCUAGUAAAUAGCAGAAGAGGAAUGAUGAUUUUAAAGGUCUCUAGGAAGCAACCUUCAAAAGAUAAAUAUGGCACUGUAAAGUUGUAACGACAUCUAACAAAUAAUAUUUCCACUUUCUAUCAAGGCCUUUACAUGAAAAAGAUCAAUUAUCCGUGUUUUUUCCGUGUUUAUUAAAAAAGUUUAAAAGCUUCUGAUGUGUAUUUUUGAUUCCCAUCAAAUUCGGUCAUAUUGGUAAAAUUUUCUAAUUGACAGAUACCGAACACAUGUAAUUCCUGACUUAGAAAACUAUAUUUUUGCAUAUAAAAAGGACCACGAGGUUGUAAAACCACCAGAGACUACAAACCCGGGGUUGGGUAUGAGCGGUUGACGGCGACUAAUAGGCCAGAAAUGGGCAUUCUGCCUAUAUUACCAACGACUGUGUGGAUGCUUGCGGGCCUCUAGAUCGAGCCCCAGGACACAAAGAGACGAGUAUCCUCCCGCAAUACGAUCUCUGAGCGCCCUCUAUAAUUGUUAACAUAACGUAUUUCAUGGCCGUAUUGUCAAAGUGAACUAACUGAAAAAUGCAAGUUGCCUGUCUCCUCAACCUUGCUCUGUCGACAUUUUAACUUCAGAUCCAAAUAAGAAACGCCCUGAAUACUAAAAAUGAACCGGAGUACGCAAAUGCGAAAGGAAGCGAGCGUUCCCUGCUUCGGGAUGAGGAAGAAGCAUGGGAAUCAAGAAAGCGAAGUUGCGGAGAAGAUAAGGGCGAGUCAGGCAGUCAAUCAACAACCGGUCGAACCAGCCUGACCAAUAGGACCGAAAUGACAGAUAGUCAUUUGGAGACAUUAUCAUGCGGCCACUCCAGAGCAGCCGGUCAGGAACUGUGCUAUUUAUGCCAUCAAAAGGCUUCGGCGGUUAACCAGAAAAAUGCGGUUUUGGAUACAAAGCCAAGUGCACAGGCUACUCUUUCACAAGUAAUACAUUUCACAAAAUGCCUACUUCCUUCGUUUAAGUACACAUUUACGUCUGUCUCUAUGGUUAACAACCAUGCAGGGCCUAAGAUUACGAACACCAGGUUUCGAGAAUGGUCUUAAGGAAUAAAGGCAUGGUGGCUUUUAGUUUGAUUUUAUAGAUCAUGUAGAGGAUGAGUAUAUGUGCCGAAAAAACCACCUCAUUUCAACAAUUUCUGCACGAAAAAGACGAUGCCAGUGUCCGAGAGGCUUGAUUGAUUGACCGUCCAUUUGGGAAAAUGAGCAGAGAUCUUUGGUUCACGAACGAGGAGGCGCUGGUAUUCGUAAGCGCGCAUUUGAAUAUGGAACCAUCUAUCAUUCAAGAACAGUCUGAGGAGCAUAAACUGACUGGGUCGCACCUGUAGGCAAUUUGGAUAUCUAUUUUUGUCCUGUGGUACUUAUCCGAGUCCUUUCCAAGUGCCCAAGGCGGUCAGCUCGCCUGCAGCAUCCACCCCCUGCGGACUGAAAUUUUUGUCUUCUUAUGGUCUUUUGAAAGAUUUCCACAUGUUCGGGUUUCUUCUGAUCGGUAGUGCAGUUUUCAUGUUUGUGGAUAGAGAGGUUGGAGGCGGCGUGUGUCGAUUUGACAAUAGGCUGCUCGUUCAAGUUCGCCCUAUUCCCCUUUGUCGGCCUUCUUGGCUUUUGCGGUUUCCCUACUGAGCCAUUCUUUCAUAUUUCUUUUUCCGACUGAAUGUCAGUCCUUCGUUGAUUAGGAAUUUAUCAGUAGUAGUAGUUCGAUCGACCUGCGGAACAGUGAAUCAUCUCGGCUCAAUAUGCGUGUUUUAUUACUUUGUACGAAUUGUUGCGGAGGGUACAUUCGUUUAUAGCCACAAGAACCUAGUAACAGGUAAUACCAAUGAUGCAAAUAAGGUUCGUUUUAAGCUUGAAGGAUGGACUGUUCCCAUUCAAAACGACUGUAGAGCAUGAACGUUGCAUGGUCACAUUAUGGAUCUCCAUUUAUUAAUGUUCUACCCUGCUCGACGGUAAGGAGACCUAGUCGAAUAGCGUAGUUAAUGCAUCCUCGUUUGUUGGCAAGGUUCGUGACGCAAUCAUUUCUCCCCAUUUAGCUCUCUCUCUUUGUUUAAGACGAAAUCGUUAAUACCGACAGGGAAGUCGUAGAUAAACUAAGUUGUCUGUCAUCGUCUCCUUGUUGCAUGCUGGAGCAUUCUAUCAUAAAUUUGAUAACAACACUGAAAUGGUUGGUUAUCCAUGUGCAACAAAGGGCCUUUCGUACUCGAAACAAUGGUCAACUAAAAGCCGUUUACUUUGAGGACAAGUACGUCCUGGAUUGUUAAAAACAAGUGUAAAGGACGCCUUGACGUGUUUACACAAAAGGUAAGUGCCCCAAACGACAAAUAAGGAUGUUUCGUUGAUUGCGACUUUUAAACUGGGGGUGGUUUGUGCAGACGGAGUUGACCGACCUCAUGAAGUGCUAGCUUAAAUUCCGAAAUGCUUUUUGGACUAGUAGGGACUACUUGGGUGAGGUUGUGCUACUGAUUGUCAUGCGGCAUAAUCGUAUCAUAUUUGGGUUUUGUUAGGAUGUUUGCUUUUGAAUGUACUUCUUUGUGACCUGUAGGAGCUGCACUCCGCAAAAAGUAACUACUUAAGUAGCAUGUGUUUUUCACAUUGAUUUUCCAUGUCCUUAGAUAUCCAAGCAUAUUUCGCAGACGACAUGUACAAAAAUAUUCUCUCAUGCAUUCAUGUGGCAGCAAACCGAGCCCCAGGUGUUCCACACUCCGGUGUCGGGUAUGACUGUCUGACGACGUCUAGUGAACCAAAAAUGGCCGCUCCAGUCUUCCUUGUCUUUGUCGGUAAUGUUAUUCUGCCUCUAUCAUGCGCCGCUGUGCGGCUGCUGGUUGGGCCCGAGAGACAGAGAGCCCCAAGGCACAACGCGACGAAUGAGUNUCACUUUAAGAGCGAAAAUGUUUGCAUUUUGAAAUUUUUUCAAUUCCUGAAUAAUUUUGAGUCAAACUAGCCGUUGCAUUGCAAGAGACACACUUCCCGCGUGAGGAAAAUCAUAUAUUCCUCUGUGCCUUUAAGAAGAUGCAACGUACAGCUUAAAGAGUUUUGCAAUGGAUGUGGACUACGUUGCAUGCUUCAUGAUGGCCAUUAAUAAACGCGCAGGUACGAUGCUGCACGUAUCAGUAUUGCACGCUCUUGAAAAAUCUUAUAACUAACAAGCUUUCUUAAAACCGAAAGGUGCUCCUUCGAGCAUAGAAUUUUAUGAAAACGUGGUUUGCUACCAAAUGAGCCCAAGAAGGGAUGUUUACUGCACUUUUUAUACAAAAUAUAUUCAAAUUUAUGAGGCAUGGAAAAUUAACAUGAAAAUUCAUACUGUUGAAGCAGAAAUGUUUACAGAGUACGGUUUUUACGGAGGUCGAAAAUAAAUGCAUUCUAAGCAAACAUUCUGGUGAGUCCGAAAUAUCUUAGGAUUAUGCCGCAUGAUAAUCAACAGAAAAACUCUGCUAGCCAACCCUUCUUAAUAGAAAACGCAUUUCAGAAUUUUGGCUAGCACUUUAUAAGGUCGGUCGCUGAAUAUGUCUUGUUGUUAGGAAACAGACUAGCAUGGUGAUUUGGAACAUGCUUUGAAAAAUAUAACCGAGACCAAAACGUUAUAUGCGAUUUUACAGAAGAAAGGCUAUAUAUUUAGGAGCUGAAAUAUCAAUAAGCGCAAAGUGAACUCGAGAUAGUUCGUAUGACCAUUGGUUAGCUCUAAUUUAUUUUCUUUCCAGAGAUUUUUGGUUAUGCUUUUCGGAAACAUUAACAGCUCAAGCAGUACAUGUUUUUCUUGUAUUUUCAGUUCUUGAGAUCUCAUUAUUUUUUCUUUAUGAUUUCCCUUUUCUUAUCCUUAUUAUUCUAGUUUUUUUCAUUCUUGAGAUCUGCAUUUGAAAGAUGGAUAUAGCUUGCGCUUUGAGAGCGCAAAAUCGUCAAUAUUUUAUGAAAUGCGGCUCAUGGUUUACCAUGCUCUCAAGAAUUUAAAAAUCUUAAAUGUUCACAUUUCAAAGUAGCAUCUUCAUGCGUGCGUAAAUGUUAUUCUCUGUACAGGUCCUCUUCGCAGGACUAGUUUGUAACAAACCCUGAAAGAAACCUCACUUGCCGCUAACUGACAUCGCGGGUCCGCAGAUGCAGUUACAGGGAUGGAAGUUCAAUUUUUAUUGUCCGCCACAGGCUCGCGUUAGUAUCUCUUAGGAAUGUAUGCUCCCAAAACGGACCACUCGGUAGAUGCGCUGGACCAACAUGUGGGCUAGUCCGGGUGACCUUAUUGGGAAUGUACAUCCAUAACAAAUGCCACCAUCCGGGUUGCGGUGGCAGGCCCACUUGCCCGCUCACGCCGCGCCAGUUGAGAUCCGAGCCAAUCUCCAUAUUUACUGUGUUUAAAAUUCUGGUUAGGCGUUUGUUGUGGACCAGGGGAUGUGGUGGUACACCUACAGUAGGUGGGCUAACUCAUUAAAUGUCAGCCGAAAUUUCGAAAUUCGUUCACGUUUCGAAAAGAUUAAUUAAAUAGAGUUGUAAAACUAAUCAUUUUGCAGCACAAUUCUAUAAUAUUUCAGUUACCUCAGGAUGCCGGCUUUCGAAAGCACUUCCUUCCGGCUGCAUGCAUAAACUCUAAUCUGCGAAAAAACUACUUAAUUAGCCUGACUUUUUCGCAUUGAUUUUCAACGCCCUUAAAAAUUCAAUUAUAUUUCAAAGAAAACAUGUACAAAAAUAUUUGUUCCUUUGCUCAUUCGGUAGACAACAACGUCUUGUUCCAAUCUUAUAAUCGAAGAAAGUGUACAAUUCGGUUUUCAAAGACCUUUCCAAUUCCCGAAUAAUUUUAAACACGCUCUGCUGGUACAUUUGGAUUCAGGGUUUCCAAACUACAAGCCAUGCAUUUUCUGCGUAUGGAAAACCAUACAUUUCUCUACGGUAUUAAGAGAAGACCAUGUGGAGUUCAUAAAAUUUAGCAGUAGAUUCAAGUCAUGUUGUUAACUAUACAAGCCACAUUAGUAAAUGCAGAGACACCACGUAUUAUGAAUGGUCAUUUUACGGUUUUAACAAAUCGCAAAAUUGGAAACUUUUAAAACCGAAUUAUAUCCCUUCUUCUAGUAUAAAGUUGGAAGAAGACGUCAUUUUCUAUCGAAUGAGCCAAAGAAUGAACAUUUUUAAGCACGUCUUUCAUGAAAUAUACUUGAAUUUUUAAGGACAUCGAAAAUCAAUGACAUAAUGACAUGCUCCUUAGGUAAUUAUUUUUGCAGAUUAUAGUUCUUGUAUGCAGUCAGGAAGAAGUUCAUUUGAAAACCGGCACCUUGAGGUAACUGGAUUAUUAUAGAAUUAUGCUGCAAGAUAAUUAGUUUUACAACCCCACAUAAAUCAUCUUCUCGAAACGGGAACGCAUUUCGAAAUUUCGGCUGACAUUUCAUGAGUUAGCUCGCCUACUGUAGGUGCGGGUUUGCUCCGUGCCAGCCAUCUGAGACCUUUCCCGCCUCCGGUCUUUUUGACCUGGCCAUGACACCAGGAUCAGGUGGGGGAGGAGAAGAGAGUGUGGUAAUAAGCGCGGUAUAUAAGAGUCCACUAUCACUGUAAGCUAAUUCACGCGCCGGUCACUGUUUCUGCUGUCACCCUGUUAUGGAGCACACGGUGGACAUAGUCGAAAAACAACGGUCGAACUGUCGUGUCACGUCGGAGAUUUUUCAAAGGCAUUUUUACUCCUCGUAUCGUGCGCAGGAUUAUUCUUCAGAACAAAGCAGACUGCUUCUGACAUGCUUACCAACGGGGAAAUUCCAACUUUAAACUGCUGUUUUGAAUAAUUCUUAGACUUCACCCUUACAUUCGCUCCAUUUCAUGUUUGCCUACACAGGGUUCCGGAUGCCACCUUGAGACGCAAACAGGCCCUAGCAACCAAACCUCUACUCGUUCGCUUUUUCGACGAAAACAGCAUAUUCUUUAUCCGAUGGCAUGCUACAUCGACAGAAAUCGACCAGAAACGCCAACGAAAGCAUCACGUCAAGCUGACUUCAAGUAAGUUCCCCUUCAUGGACGAGUGUCUUUAGAGUUUGUUUAUGCAGGGAGAAAGGCUUAUAAGAGAGGUCGGUCGGUUAAUACAGCAAAGCAUAUUUCACAGUUAGAGUUUUCGAGACCUCGGGUCUAAGAGCAGUUUCCUCGAAAAGUUUAUUUUGGUCCUUAAUAAUUUCCUCAGACAUGGAUAACGUAUGGAAUUGAUUUUUUUAGACUUUUAAAAAUACAUUGAGGCUGUGCUUUUUGGUUUGAACUCUGAGAAACUGUCAGUAGUGUGUGGACAGGAUCUACACUAAACAUGAAUUCAAAGAAACACUGACCGAAAUACUUUGGGGACCUCGCAACUCGAGUAUACUGUUAAGGUGACUUUGAAAAAUCGACUAGCCACAGGCCUGGUUUGGGCUGGUUUCUUCACGGCACCGUGCCGGCUUUCGACUGAAUAGUUUUCGAAAUACCCAUUGCAAUGAGAAUCCGUCAAACAAAAAUGUGUAUGUUCAUGCUUUAUCGCCCCUGAUGUAAAUCUGAAGAGAUAAAUACUAUUCAACUUAAAUAAGACAUGAUAAAUUCGAUUGUUGCGUUUGUUUUAUAAGAAGCUAUCAUUUUUUGGCGUUUAAAAAACACUUACUUGUCUUGAAGUACUGGCGCAUUUACUGCGGUAAGCAGUAACUCCCAAAGGAUUAUUGAUAUAUAACUAUACAGCUAAACAUAUAUUACGCACAGAUUUUGGCCAAAAAAUUUGCCCCUCUAGGUGCUUUGGACGUUAUGUCGUAGCUACUCUGUAUCGUCGAAUUUCCCCUUCAAAAAUCUACGAAAAUUGUGAAUAACCAGCGUUAAGGAGGAAAUUAGUACAUUUUCUUAAGCCGUCUGUGCGGCUUCUUCUCGAGUAUAAAACGUUGACGAGCAUAAAUUCGUUUCUUGUGAACCGAUGGAGGUAAGUAGUUCAUCCUAGCUUAUUGUAUUACAAAAGUGCGAAUAGAUAAAGAAAUCGUCCUGGAAGUUGAAAUUGAACUGACGGGUUAUAACUGACGUGCAAUUCUUUUUUGUUAAGAGAAAAUUCGCUCUCAUGGAGGAGUCAUAAUCAUCUUUAUUUUCAUUUGAUUUUAUGGGUUGAGAGGCUGAAGAUAUUUUUUAAUCAGUUAGUCCAUAUUUCCUAUGUCCAAGGGGAACAAUUAUCAAAGUAGGUAGCGAGCACAAAGUUUUCGGAUCACUACUUUCAAGUAAAAGGCUUUCGGAGGGAAUUUAUCGAUUACAACGGCUUUUAGAUAAACCGCGCUGAAAGUUUACCUGAUGAAACCAUAAACCUAAUCGUCUUGUAGGAGGGAAUAAACCAUCAUCCAGAACACAGAUCGCUGGAAUGGCGACUUAAAAUACGCCGGAGGCAUCAAAGGACAGCUGUCUCUUCAGUCAUAUAAACCUGGACUAGUAAAGACAGAUUGAGCCACAGAUCGCAGUUCACAGCAUCCAAUAGUGUACUAGUCUAGUCACACUGGAAAGAACUAAUGCAGACAUGGAACAAUCUUUUCAAAUCCAGUGGUGCCAACACUUUUCUGUACUUUGUUGAAUCAUAGGCUUCCAUAGCCCCCCAAGGACAUCAUUAUAGGCAUAUGCGCACUUGUAAUGGCUGUCACACUGUUCCAUUCCGUCGGCUUCGAUGAAGUCCCAGAUUGCACCACUCCACGCGUAUCUUUCUGCGGCAGCGGACCUGGGCAGCUUGGGUCACCGUCCACUCUGACGGUGGAGACCGAAAAAGCACGAACGACCUCCGUGCCUUGAAGAACUGCGCUGAGUCAAGAUUUGAGCCUAUUUCCUAUUUACAGCCUCUAGGAUCAAGAGCAAUAACACUGAACUCACUAGCUGGUCAAUGAAAAACGUUUUCGAAUCACCUCCAUUGGAUUUUUGGUAGCCUGAGAAACGUCCGCCAUCUCGCCACAGUAAGUGUAGACAGUCUUGCCCAUGACAAGGUCGGCGUACUUCACUUGAAUAAUGGCGCCCAGGAAAUGAUAGUAAAGUGCUUUCAGUUUUCUCACUUUUUCCAAACAAAAAUCUCAGCAUUAUUGGACGCGUAGGAGGUGUGACCGGCUGCAUGUCCGACACGCGGAUCAUCGUGGCAAAGAUAUCGCAGAGUGCGCUCACGGAGGUCGUACGUGUGGCUGACAUUUUCAUCCCUUUUAUGCCAUUUCUGUGGCAAAUUCGCUCCAGGAUGUUUAAAACUGUCUAUCACUUCAAAAUGACAGACAUUUAGCCACUGAGGGGCCUUCUUAUGGUUAGAAUGCAACUGGAAAGCAUUUUGAUUUUCUUAAAGUUAGUGGAUAGACCAACUGAUCUCACGACCUCGUUCAUUCACGACACUACAUUCAACAGAUCGUUAUGUUUUCACACUAGCAGGGUGAUAUAGUCAGCACAACCAACGCUAGUUAACCAGCGUUCAGAACCAAAGUAAACACCAUCAUGACCAUAUGUAACCUUUGCGCGAAUUUAGUUCAUGACGCAGUUGAAGGUUAUGGACAACCGAACACAGCCCCACUGCAAGUUAGGCCAAAUAUCGAAAAGUUAGGAAGGAUCGUUAUGAACCAGAAUCUGAUCGAUCGGAGAGCAGUAGUAGCCUUUUUCAUACCCCAUAUCUCCUUAUCCGCAAAAGGGCCAGUCAAUGAGCAAAAUCGAAUGUUCGUUGCGAUGAAGAAUAUCGGAUCAACUGAAACUACACAGAAUAAUUCUGUACCACCUAACGACAGAAGUCGGAGAUCUGUGAAGGCUGAUCUAUUCCGUACGGUGGAAAGGUUGCCAUGAGUUGGGAGUGUUCUUGUGGGUCCGAAAAAGAGGUCCGUUCGGGGGCGCGUGGAUUGUGGUGCGUUUUUAAUGGCUGAGUAGAAGCCAGUCCAUUAGCAAGUCAAAUGAUCUUCCCCUUCCAUACUCCGUGCUGAGACUUCGCCUAGGCGGAUUAAUUAGUCACGCGGAAAGCGCACAGGUGAACACUGUUCCCAACGUCAGGGUCGGUGGCUCAGAUGGUCAAGCAAUCAUCACACCAACAUCCAACGCACGUGAUGCAAUUGCAGUAAUUAACGACGCGAAUGUCGGCCAUCAAACAAUUAGCACACCAAGUGCAACGAUCCCGGAUGAAGGGGGGAGCCGUGAAUGUUCAUAGGUAUGCAGUAGCACGACGACUGCAUCCUAUAAAUACUGCAGCCGCUUGUGCAUGAACCACCCGUAUCUGCUUUUGUCUCUGAUGAUGGGUUCGAGCAGGAAUCCGAAACGUCAGGCUAAUAAAGCUCUUAUCCCAGCGAUCGUGUCUCCCUCUUCAAGACUGGCUGUGUAUUGGACAUUCAUUUGGUUAGCCUAUGGUUGAAUUGGGGUGUUACACGAUCACGAGGUUGGAAGGGUCAAGAUCAGAUCGACGGCGGUAACCGAUGGUUCCUACUCGUGGACGCAGCGUGACUGCCCAAUCGCACAAGGAGCGCCUCCUAGCGGAGAAGCGGGGAGUGACUGUGCGUUUGCUGUCCAUUUCUCGAAAUCAGGGGUUGGACAGGCGAGGGAACUACCUCAGAAUAGAGUGGUAAGAACAGUCAUAAACGAGCACGACGGUAAGGGUGUUGGGAUGCGGAUUCACUCCAGACUGACAGCGAGCAUCAGGGUUCCUGAGUCGAUGAGUCAGCAAUCCUUCAAAUCAACCAGGAGGUUGAAAUGCGUUAGGAACUCGGCCACAGGAGAAGGCUGAAUCCGCGGUAUUUAUAAAACACCAUCAAGAAGUUGGCCAAAGGCCCAAGUCGAGUUCGAUGAAGCGUCUGUCGAGGGUGGAAUUGCUAAAAUUGUUGGCAGUUGGGGGAUACAGAGAGUCGCGGUGUUUGCGGUCGGAAGCGUUGCUGAGACCACACUAACCUCCGCCCCAGAGUCAGAGGUACGGUCUCAGAGGAACAAUCGACGAGGGUGAUGAUUGGCAAUGAUCCCAGCGGUAGUCGCCUCCACUUUGUCAGUCAGUCAGUGGGUAUCAGUCAGUAUAUUUGGAGUAAAUGACAGAAGCCCUUAAAACUCCACUUAAACGGCACAGGUGGGGAUGACAAUAGUUAAAUUGCAAGAAUUUUACAUGUAGUUUUAGUGUGCAAGAUUCAUAAAAGUAAUGGUGGAACACGUACGCGAAAAACGAUAUGGUAUUUGCGAAAUAACGGCGAAAAAAUCGUCCACUGCAUUCGCGCCGUGAAAAUUUUUAUCCGGGUCAAUGCUAACGUACACAAGAGGAUCCAUUGAACUCAUGUUAGUAGUAUGUUUAUAGUCAUUUCAGUAAUUCGACAGAUCGGGCUUGGGGAGUUAGGGUUGCCUUUUAGCAGGUGAUUAUCCAGAUGCGCCUUGAACACGCUGACGAUAUUGGAAGUUGGAACAUACGUCGACAAAGAAUCCUAUUGGCGAAUGAAUCUCUGGCGGAGAAAAGAAGGAACGUUGAUUUGUGUGGCACAGUCCCUUUUUAAGCUCGUUAUCGUGUCGUUUGAGAUUAGCAUUUGGUGCCAUUUCAAAAAGAGUUUCCCAGUCAACAUUCAGAUCAAGUCAUCUUAGCAACCGGAAGGUUGCCAUGAGGUCACCUCUGUCCUGCAUGUAGUAGAGAGGAUAGAGAUUCAAGGCUGUCAGGCGCCACUAGUACGUCUGACAACCUUGAAUCUCUACCCCCUCCAGUGCAGGCAGUAUAGAGGUGACCUCAUAGCAACGUUUCAGUUGCCAAGAGGAUUUGAUAUGGAUGUCGACUGGGUAGGCUCGUUCCUCAAGGCCGUUGGAGAUAACAAAAAAAGUAUGUCUGCAGACAUCGUCGUACUGCUACUCCGGAUUGUUGGUGAUACUAGUACAUGCUGCUUGGAGACUUUUGCAGGUGGGGUCGAGAACCCGAGGGAACCCGUCGACUGUCUCAUGACCAUCACGGGCCCCCAGUGACAACAACACUGAUUUGUGGUAGGGGGCGCUCACCGAUCGUUCAUACGGAACUCACUCGUUCCGUUGUGCCUUAAGAGCUCUCUCUCGAGCCCAAGCGGCAGCCGCACAGCGGCGCAUGAUACAUAGGCAGAAUAACAUUACCGACAAAGACAAGGGAGACUGGAAUGGCCAUUUCUGGCUUAUUAGCCGUCGUCAGCCAGCCACACCCAAGCCCGAAGUGUGGAACACCCGAGCCUCGAACUCGCGACCUGUUGGUUUAGAAGUCAACGCCUCUACUCACCGGGCCACGAGCCCGUUGCCUUGUCGGUUUUCGAUCGGGAAUAUACAGUGGUAGGGGGCGCUCACCGAUCGUUCAUACGGAACUCACUCGUUCCGUUGUGCCUUAAGAGCUCUCUCUCUCGAGCCCUCUUAAGGCACAACGGAACGAGUGAGUUCCGUAUGAACGAUCGGUGAGCGCCCCCUACCACUGUAUAUUCCCGAUCGAAAACCGACAAGGCAACGGGCUCGUGGCCCGGUGAGUAGAGGCGUUGACUUCUAAACCAACAGGUCGCGAGUUCGAGGCUCGGGUGUUCCACACUUCGGGCUUGGGUGUGGCUGGCUGACGACGGCUAAUAAGCCAGAAAUGGCCAUUCCAGUCUCCCUUGUCUUUGUCGGUAAUGUUAUUCCAACACUGAUUUGGACUACCAGGUGCAUAACUAACAGCUUGAGCUAGUUUAUGCGCAGAUCAGAUCCUUGAAAACUUUGGUUGACUGUAUGACUGACGGAAAAAGUCUCAGCGACUCUCAAUUACAUGACAUAGACGGUGCCGCGGAUGGUUAAACCAUUGUCUUCUGAAGAGGGAUGUGGCAUGCAGCGAAGGACAAUACCUUUAAUACGGCUUGUCUCGUCAAAUCCGUGCUGACCGGGGGCUUGUAUGCAACAAAUUUCGGUAAUACAUUAUUGUCGAGAUACCUGUGCAGAAACCGGACCUGCAAAUACGUGGACGCCUCUCGAAGGGCGAAGGUUUCCCAUCGCCAGGCCGAUCGGAACGCAUCGCGCCCAAAUACAUUGCUAAUAGAGGCGAGGAGACGCGACCCAGUAAGCAGUCGUGAAGAAAGAGACAAGAUCGCUGGGACAAAAGCUUUAUUCGUCUUAUGUUUAGGAUUUCUGCUCGAACCCAUCAAUAGAGACAAAAGCAGAUACGGAUGCUCUGUCCAUGAUGACGGGUUCGAGCAGGAAUCCGAAACGUCAGACGAAUAAAGUUCUUGUCCCAGCAAUCGUGUCUCCUUCUUCGCAACACCUUUAAUCUACUGUAAAAUUGAAUUUUUUCAACCUUCCCUGCCAAACAGCGUAUACAGAAUUCGCUUGUGUUAUUUUAGUAAGUUCAUUAGCAGCACUCUGGAAAGUGCGGAAUUAAGGAAUCCUGCUAUUUUUUCUGAGUUAGUCAUGCAAGUCUAAUGACUGAGCAAAAAAACUGCCUUGCAGCUCAGACAGGCGGCCAGCUGACCGGUUUUAAUUUGAUAAUGACCUUCAGUUUAACAUGUAUCACUUGUUUCCUACACUCGUGCCUGUGAUAAGAGCUCAACUUGACCAACAAAUGGAAAUUCAUUUGGCCGCACGUCGUGCAAUGCAAGAAUAUUUGUGCCAACUCGAAAGCCUUGAGGCUGAAGCUGUGAAUCAGGACCUGAGCCAAAUUCCGUUGAAUAAAAAUCGGGAAAAGUUGGAGAAACAGGCUGACUACAAAACAGCAUUAGACUAUCAGAUAGUACGUGCCCCCGCUUUUUCUCUCUUCUGCUCACUUUUAUUAGUACUUUAUUCGCAGGUUUCUUAUAAAUCUUUGUGAUUCAUUAAGCAAAGUAUGUUCCGGGACAGUGGCUCCAUUUAAAACCAGUCGUCCAGUGGAUAUGUCAACAAAACUACGGUUUAAUUGAAACAAUAAGGACUGAAUAGCUGUGGACAUCUAAGAAGUUAGUUUUUGUGAUACGAAGGUAAAAAUUACAUACGUCCAUUGUGAAAUUAAGCAGUCUACUAGUAUACAAGUAGGCUCACUUCACAGCUGAAAAGUCAUCGACACCUCAAGUCUUAGUGAGCGCCAAACGCCUAACAGAAAACCAAAUGAAGAAAUCUAAGUAUCGACAUCUGAUAAGGAGAGUUUUAAUGCAGUGAUUUUCGGUUUGGCCGAAAGACAUCGUUUGUUUUUAUACCUUUGUUGUGUAUGUGAGGGUUGUAAUGCAGAACGACCCAACGUAGGCCGCAACUACCAGUUCAUCCACUGCAGACCGCUGAAUAGUUCAGUUGUCCUAUGCUGUUUCAUGGCUUCCAACAGAUUUAUUGAGAUUUCCCCUAUGACUUCUUACCGGUGCAGGGAUCACGCACUGCAGAUUCAGCCAAUGAGAAAUGCCUGUUAUUCCCUGAAACUAAUUUUAUUACAGGGGAUUUAUCCAUGAAUAUUUGGUCAAUAUAUGUAAUGUACGAGUGUCCUUUGGACACUGUUUCAUUGAUAUAUCAAAUAUCAUUGAGUUUUCGAAGAGGUUUACUGCGACCGAAGUUUGGCUCGGCACUGAACAACUGGGAAGUACAGGAGAUGGGCUAACUCCUGAAAUGUCAACCGACAUUCCGAAAUGCCUUUUCGUUUCGAAAAGAUUGAUUAAGUAGGGAUGUAAAACUAAUCAUCAUGUAACAUAAUUCUAUAAUAAUUCGGUCACCGUAGGAUGCCGGCUUCGAAAGACCUUCUUCCCGGCUGCAUUCAAAAACUAUAUUCUGUAAAAAAUGACUACUUAAGUAGCAUGCAUUUUUCUCAUUGAUUUUCAGUGCCUCUAAAAACUCAAUCAUAUUUCAUGGAAAACAUGCAUAAAAAUAUGCAUUCUCUUACUCAUUCGGUAAAAAAUACGUCCUUUUCCAAGUUUAGACACGAAUGAAGGGUAUUAUUCGGUUUUCAAAAAAUGUUCCAAUUCCCGAAUAACUUUGAACUCGACCUGCCGUUACACUUGCAUUCAGGGUUUUCAAACUACAAGCCGUCUAUUUUCCGCGUACGGAAAAACAUACAUUUCUCUACGAUAUUAAGGGGAAACUUUAUGGGGUUCAUAAAAUUUAGCAGUAGAUUUGAGCCAUAUUGUUAACUGUACAAGCUACAUUGAGAGAUGCAGAGACAUGACGUAUUAUGAACGGCCAUUUCACGGUAUUAAAGAAGUUUACAAUUAUAAACAUUUAGAAAACCGAAUUACACCAUUCCUUAGAGUAUCAAAUUGGAAGAAGACGUAAAGUUCUGCCGAAUGAGUGAGAGAGUGUAUAUUUUUAUGCACGUUUUCCAUGAAAUAUGAUUGAGUUUUAAGGGCAUCUAACGCAUGUUUCUUAAGUACUCAUUUUUUUACCGAGUAUAGUUGUUGCAUACAGCCGAAAAAAAGUUUGUUCGGAAACCGGCAUCCUGAGGUAACUGCAUUAUUCUAGAAUUAUGCUGCAUAAGGAUUAGUUUCACAACCCUACUUAAUUAAUCUUUUCGAAAGAAAAAGGCAUUUCGGAAUUUUGGCUUAAAUUUCAUGAGCUAGCCCACCUACUGUACAUCAAAAUCAGGCGGUCCACAGUAAGUAUUUGAUCGCCAAACCGAUAAUGGCAGGUUUAACAUUUUGCGCCAUGGUUUGAGAUUGGAAAGGCAGAUAACCAAUCAUUCAGUAAACUUGAGCAGAAGCAUUGCUGGUGAAAGAACCCGUCACGUCGGACCAUUUGCAAAAUUGUCAGCAAACCCAUGCGAUAAGUUUGUCCUAAGGAGCUUAUAAGUUUGAACUGGAAAAUAGACGUUUCCUAGGUAUCUUAACGCUUUUGAUGACUGUGGUGCGAACGCUCUAAUACACAUAGCAAUGACAUUACGCGCCCUGAAAAGGCCUUUUGUUAAAAAAAUGAAUGUGAUAUUACAUCUCGAUUCAUUAAAAAAUAGCGCACAUAGAAAAGUCUCCUGAUUUUCAGCAAUGCCUUGUUUUCUGCAUUAUCCCGCCAUGUUUUAAAAAUAGACUAAACAAUAGCUUAGCUCAUUUUCUAACACACAUCUUUUUUAGUCUCUCGCUCUAUAAUUUUUCAGCCAGUUUUUAAUUUACAAUUUCCUUAUAGGAUCUCGGAUCUACAUCCAGCUCCAUUUACUGA